AUGGCGCUCUUGCGAAGACCGUCCGUGCCGCCACCUCCGCCGCUGCUUCACCUGACGCUCCUGUUGCUGUCGGCGGCCGCGACCGGCGGCGAUGGUCCCGGAGCCGUACAGUCCGUAAGCGCCGCCAGCGCGGCCGUCUGGUCCAAGUUCGGCCUGGUCGUCCAGAAGCACGCGGCCGGCGAAUCCGCUCACACCACCGAGACUUCUGGCAUCAUAAUGCGGGCCCCCGACCCUCAGACUGCCAGUGACAGACCGCAGCUACCGCCGCCGCCGCCGUCGUCCACGGCGAUCGCCCCAACGGCGCUAGGCAAGUCUUGGACUCAGAUAUCCGUCACCAAUCCGCCGCCUCCCAAGUCCUCGCAGCUGGUCACCGUGAGCACGCCAAUCAGGAUGACCGGGCACGGUGCCGGCGUCGGGCCUCCCGUUCAUUCUGCCUACGCGGCCAGCACGACCACGGCCAGGUCUAUGAUGCAGUCCUCCACCGCUCAGGACGUUCGCAGGGACAUACCGCACAGGUAUCAGCAGCUGAUCGGCACGUCCAAGCCGGUGAUCACAAUCACGUUCCCGCCGCCCCGGCAACCCACCCUUAGGCCGGCCUACAGUGCGGAGCAAGUGACGUCCAAAAGGGUUCGGCAGUACGAGGACGACGACGACGACGACGACGACGACGACGACGACGACGAGUACGACGUCGAAGACGACGACGACGACGUCCACGAGGACAAGGGCGAGGAGGAAGAGAUCGAAGAAAUCGUCGAAGUCCAGCACAUCGACUCCGACAGUGAGUAUAGAUUAAUGUUAUUCGUUUAGACACCGGCGAAUAAUCGAACGCGUACAAUCACCGCGUGGUAUAAGCCGGGGCGUAUUUUAAAACCUCGACGCUCCGAGACACUUGAAAAACGCCGCCGCUCUUAUAUUAUUACAAUAAUAGAACGAGAUUCGUUUAAAGAAAAAUGUUCCGCUACCAUCACCCGUUACACACAAGCACGUUAUGUGAGAAAUCCGGUUCCAGCCGUGAGGGGCGGGGGGGUGAGGAUGGACAGGGAAACACAACAGCCAGGCAAAGACGUUAAUGUUAAUUGACAGGUGCGGGCACGUGCCCGUAGCGCGUGUACGCAAAUAAUGCGCCCCCGGAGCGUAAGCAUUGAGAACCCGACGCGACGCCGGGUUUUAGAUUUUCGUCGUGAUUGGUCAUACCGCGGUUACGGCCAUUACCGCGGGCGCGGACGCCGCGACAAGCGCGCCUCAAGUUUUCUACACGCCGCCGCACGUAUCAACCGACGUCGUCAUCGCAAGCAAAAGACCGAUUCGUCGCGUUACGGAUGACUCGUCGCCCGGGUCGCUCAUCCGACAAAUCGCAUCUGAUGCGAAAAAACGUUCGGCGGCGUGUUUACUUUCGAUAACCCGACGAAAGCUGUUAUUGAAAUCGCAAUUAUCGCGCUCGGCUUCACGAAACGUAACGGUUGUGAUAUUGCCGCGUGCCCGCGUCCUAGCCAAUACCCGAAAUGUCGCACACCGAUCCGGCAGCGUCGGCCUUUGCCGCGGCGUUGA